UACUAAGGUAUUGGAGCAUGCGCAAAGCAACGCGGCCAUUUUCGAAAGCACGUCCGACAAAUUCAGUGAUGGACAUGUUGUAAAUAUGGAUUUAAAAUCAGACAAAGUAAUUCAGUUAAAACAGAGGGUCCAAAAUCAUUUAGCCCAGCCAUCUGUUCAGAACAAGCUGAGAUCCAUCAUCCCCAACUUAAAGUGCUCUGAAGGUAACAAUGGUAAAAUGUUAAAUCCUGCUGAUGUUAUGAAACAGCUUAAAGAGAAUGGAACUAUUGACAGUUUGUUAAAAGAUGUUAAAAAUGGUGAAGGAGAUGCACUUGCACUAAAUCAAUUAAAUCCCUGUGUGCUUACAGACACUCGAGUCGAUAUGACAACUCAGCAACUUAUUCUCAAAAUCCAAGGUGGUCGUGCUUUCCUUGACCAUCUCAGACAGCCUCCUGGUCAGCCAGCCCAGUCGUAUUUUCAACUUCACAUUUUAUUUGAAAACCAAAGAUUCAACACGCAACGUGUACCAUGUACUUGUGAUCCUGCCAUAACUGGAGAGUUCCAUCUCAAGUUCAGUAAAUCUACACAAGCUCUUACAAGUGUUGCUGAUUUAUUAACAAUAUCAGAUAAAAUCAAUAUUGUUUUAAUACGAACUAAUAACAUGGGUGAGAACUUCUUGGUUGCUUCCCAUAUGUAUGACUGGCGGCCUGUUCUGUCUAAGGGAGAAAUGACUGCCUCCAUUGAUUUAAUAGGAACAGGUGGAGUUCCUGUGGGUUUGUUGGAAAUACAAUUACAGUUGUUUCCGAAUUUAUCUAUGAAUCCAUCAAAGGAAGCUGUUACCAAACAAACAGAGUCUGAAACGGAAAGUCAGCGCAUGAAAGAGAAGAAGUUUAUAGCUUAUGCCAACAGUUGGUGGAGUGAAUAUCUACAAAUAAAUGACACUUUCAAAGAUAGAAUUGUGAAAAUAUUUGCUCAGGAUGAAAACUCCAAAAACCGUUUUGUUUGUUCGUUUGUAAAACGUCUCAAAGCCAACCGAUUGUUGAGUUCUGCACGAGAGGCAGCACGGUUUGUCAGUCUAAUCCCUGUUGGAAAAUCAGAGACAAUAGGACAUGCAAUGACAUCAGAAAGAUGGACUUCAAUGCAUUCUUUUCUGUGUUGUAAUAAAGGAGGAUCCAUGGAUCAUGCUAUUUUAUUGUGUAGUCUGUUGCUUGGCUUUGGUCUAAAUGCAUAUGUAUGUGUAGGAACCAAGUCAAAAGGCAGUAUCCACUUUUGGGUUGUUACAAUCAGCUGUGAAGGACUGGUAACAUUUUGGGAGAGUUUAACUGGUCUUACGUAUAUUCAUAAACCUUUAGAUCAAAAUAAUCCACCUCUGGCCAAGAAAUAUGCUCAUCCUAUGCCUUACAGAACUGUAGGAUGUAUCUUUAAUCAUUGUCAAUUCUAUGCCAAUUGUCAGUCAAGUGAUGCCAUAGAGAUAUGUGAAUUCAAUGUAAAAGUAUCAAGCAGUUGGAAAUCUAUGUCUGAGAAUGCCAUCUGGUCAAUUUGUGAACCUUCUUCUUGUCCUCUCUGGCCUCCACUUUGCCCACUUAGACGUAAUCCAUUUGACACAGUGAAAUAUAGUGAUCUUCUUGAGAAGCAACUUUGUGAUUUAGUCGUUGCAUACAGACAGAAUGAAGGUCUCACAACUCAGUGGGAUCACGAACUUUCUUACUUACUGACAUCUUUGCUGUCUUCUCAUGAAUGUGAACGAAUUACAGGUUUUACUGCUGGUAACGAAGAAUUUCAAGAUGCCUUGCAGCAAGCAAUUCCUGAGAAACAUACUUUCAGUGGUUUUCCGAUUCAGCAAAAACACACAAACAUUAAAAAGUUGUUUCAUGAAGCUCUGAAGUCCUCUGUUUGUCAAGACAUCAUUUCAUGCCGAGGAGACAAAGUCCGCCUGUCCGUCAGAGUCUGUGUUUUUCCCUACCCUGAAAGUGUAUGUGCAAUGUGGGCCAUGUUUGCUUGUGUUUGCCAAAGGAUUAUUUAAACAGUAUUUCAUUGCAUAAUCAUUUUUACAAAUGAUUCCUCAUCAAUUUCCAUCAAACUCGAAUUUUUACGAUAACCUGAUAAGUAAGAAUCAUUAAGAUUAAUCAGACUAAUUAGACAUGUUAUUAACUUUUGUUGUUAUACAUUUUGUUAGUGUGAAUCUUCUUCAGCUGCACAGUUUUACUUAUUUAUAUAUAUAUAUAUAUAUAUAUAUUCAUUUAUAAUUAUAUAAUAUAAUUAUAUUAAAGGGUGUGGAUAAACCCCACCAACACGCUAGAAAUAGACGCCAAAUGGCUCUACAAACAGGUGCUAACGGAGAUGUAGUUUUUAGAGCCAUUUGGUGUCUAUUUCUAGCGUGUUGGUGGAUGUUUAUCCGCAUCCUUUGAUAUAAUUAUUAAUUAGUAUAAAUUGUAACCCGUAUGUUUUUUUUUUAUUUCAUGCUGGCCACUUGAUAAAAUCAUUAAAGUGGUUUUAUCCUUAAUUUUGUAUAAUAUAUAUAUAUAUAUAUAUAUAUAUAUAUAUCAAAGGAUGUGUUAUACUAUUCCAUAACCAUACCAACAAUCCAACAUACCUCCAUCAUCAGCUGCCCCACGGAUAUCAUUAUGGUUUUGACACCUGGACAGUGCCAUUCAAUCCUGCAGUGUCAACACACACACACACACAUAUAUACACUUUCAUCUGAAGUUUACAGUGGCAUGAAACUCAAGUUGUGAGAUAAACUCUCAGCAACAGUUACACGUGUGUGUGUAUGUGUAUAUAUAUAUAUGUAUAUAUAUAUAUAUAUAUAUAUAUAUAUAUAUAUAUAUAUAUAGCCAUAUAUAUAUAUAGCCAUAUCUUUUAUCUUUUACCUCUUUCAGUCAUUGAGCUGCCUUAAAGGGAUUAAUCGAACAAAAACAAAUCACCCUCAGCACUUAUAUUUAAGUCUGUUACUUAUUGUCAGUUCCUUUUGCCGAACCGCUAAGUUAUGGAUGUAUAAAGAAAUUGAUACAAGUUGUCAGGCAGUGUGGUAGAGACAAAAACACACACACACCAAUACGCACACAUGUGUGCAACAAGCUUCUAUAUAAAAGGCAUUGGUUAUCUAGGCCCUAUAAUAGGAGACAUCUACCCAAGGUGCCAUGCAGUGGGAUUGAACCCAAAACUGUGGUUGUGCAAAGUGUUCUUAACCACACACCCAUGCCUGCAUGAUGUGUUUGUGUGUGUGUGUAUUUUUGACAGGGACUUAAAAGUUUUGGCCACUCAAGCCGUUGUUGGACUGCUGAUAAUGGCUUAACUGGUCAAAACUUUGAAGUCACUGUCAACCAUAUUCUUGUUUAAGAAUAAACUUGUAUAGAGUAACCCCUCAGAUUAACGUAAAAUUGUCUUUAUUGUAACGAAACAUAAAAGCAAUAAAAUGUAUAUAAAAUUAAUACUCAGCAAUUACAGAGUGGCUUAAGGGGCUGAGAGUUUCAUGCAUUGAUUUUCCUGUUUGCAUCACCAAACUUUUAUAUAUAUAUAUAUAUAUAUAUAUAUAUAUGUGUAUAUAAAUGUAUGCAUAUGGUAGCUGAAGUUAUUGAAUAUACCAAGGAUACCUCAUUUCAGAAAUGUAUGGUUGUAUUAAUCCUAAAAUGAAUUUAUUUAAACGUUUAUAGAAGUAAAAUUACUUUACAUAGUUUAUUGUUAUUGUUCAAUUUAAAAAGAUCACCAGCUAUGUUAUCUUUCAUGUUGAACAUUUAUUUUUUAAUUAAUUCUAGAAAUGUUUUUUCUUGUUUGUGUAUUCAUUAUAUGAAAAUUUCCUUCUGUUUAAGUUAUAUUUAUUUAUUUUUAAUUGGAAGCCCAUUAAAUUAAUAUUAGAAACCAUGAAAAAAAUUAUGGAAAUGUCUAAAUAUUUUUAUCAGUUUAUUUGAAAAACAGUAUCAUGCCAGUUUAGUUUUUGGUAACUAUUACAGCAUCAUGUUUAGAUGUUGUUUUGGUUUCAGUCUUUCUCAGAAUUUCUUAGUUCUAAGAUACUUCCUGUUUUAAAGGAAUCCAAAUUAAAACCUUCCAACGAAAUUUCAUGUUACUGUAUACGGUACACCUUUUUCUUUCUUCACCAAAAAAAAUCACUCUAGAUUCUAAAUGCUAAGUUCGGGCUCCCAUAAGCCCUAUCUCUCAACUACCAUAUUUGUUCACUCAGAUUGCUACUUUCCUAAUCACUUUCACCAGUUUGAUUGUCCAAAUCACUCACAUUGCCCGAGAAGUGUAAACUCUUUGUCUGAAGAAUACACAUCAUUAAUAAUUUCCUCGUUUGCAAAGAGUGUAAGCCUUGCUUGUUUACAAGAUAAAGUGUUGAGUUCAUUACAUGCCUGUUUUAUCAUAAAAUUCUUCUCUUUUUCAAUUAAAAACAAAACUGAACAACAGCUCAGAUGGGGGAAACACUGUUAGCAAUGAGUCAUAAAUACACUUGACUACAAAAUAGUUGUGUUUUUAGUAUUUUAUUUUCUCUUUUUGUGUAUGUUGGUCAUCACUGCUUUAUCAGGAAUCCAGUAGCGAUUUUGUUUAUGCUAUUCCCAGUAGGCUAGGAACACAGUAUGAUAGGGCUCAUGUAUGAAUAACAUUUUGAUUUUGAAUAUGUACAACUGAAAUUGGGGUACAUCUAAUACACCUGUAUGUCUUUUAUGCUGUCAAAAGCUUAAUAAUACCAAAGUUGUUUUACCAAAUUCUCCUUUAUUUUUCAAAUGAAUUGAAACAUUAUUUCAACAGAAAUAUGGUAACAAAACGGUUAAAUGAUAAAUCUCCACCUUGUGAUUUUGACUUGUUCUGUUUGUGUAAAACCACAUUCAUUUAUCUGGAGUACUAUAUUUGCUGGCAUAAAAGUUAUCUUGGUACAUUAUAGAUGUACCCCAAUUUCAGCUGCGCAUAUUCAGGGAGAAAAGGGUUUAGGUACAUUAAAGCAUGUACUACAGGUCCAACUUUGCUUAUAGGACCCGGGGCAAUUUUUCGAUAUAUUUUUUUUAUAAAAAAAGUGCUCUUAUGUGCAGACUGAUAUAAGGUUUUGUUCUCUUGAGCCAAGAAUUACAUUCUUUAAGUACAAACAGUUUAUCAUUGUGAAACUCCCCACAUUCUUUGGGCUCUCAUAAUUAUAUAACUGCUGCAAGCAUUUUGUAAAACCAUAAAACAUAAUUUUGAAUCAAAUUUUUUUUCCUGGUGUAACCAUCAAUUAAAACAGAUAGAUUAUAUAGAUCUUGAAAGUGAUUUUUAUAGUAAUAAUAUAGUAAUAUAUGUGUGUUUGUGUAUUUUUUCCUUUUUAAGCUGGCAAAUAUGCUCUGGAAAAAUUUAUUACAGAUUUCCUUAUUGGUAUUAAACUGCUGAGAUUAAAAGAUUUCCUGAUAGUUUUUUCUAUCAUUAGUUUAUAAUUUUGAUAAGGGACUGAUUUUUAAAAAUAAAUCUUGCUUUCUGUGUUGCUAAUUCAAAGAUCAAUUUUAUCAAUUACAUCACUUAUCAUUUUACAUGAUUAAUCAGCAUAUUUGAGACUAAUUAAGUCAAUUUUUAUUCUCAGUAAUUAAGAACUUUUUUCAGAAUACAAUCAAUCUCUGUAACAUUAGCUGCCGACUUUUUUUUAACAUUUUGAUCCUCUAUUGACAAGGUGAAAACUAUUUUGAAUUUGUAUUUUUAUAGUAUGAAAAAUGUUUGGGUUUGGGGUAAUAGUCCCACACUAAUGAAAAAUGUUUAUGAGUUGAGGUUUAUUAGUUGCACACCUAACUAGGUUUGGGGCACCAGUUUCAUUCCUUAGUGGAUUAAGGGUACCACACAACAUUGAAACAACAAUCUCAAGUGGAUUUAAUAAUAGUUUCUUAUUUAAGCAGAAGGCUAGCAGAUUUGAGGGGAAGAGAUUCAUUGAUGCC